AUGAGUGAUAUAGAUUCACUUGCUAGUGUGAGUGGAGGUAAUGAGGAGCAUAUACUAGAGGAGGACUAUUUAAACGAUGAGAGGCGUGCUACGAUUGGACAUUGGGGAAGAUUGAAGUACUGGAUCACGAGAAACUUGUUGUCGAGAGAUAGAUCCAACGAGAGCUGGCAAGGGCACGGUAUUCCGCUGUACGAAUUGAAUGCGGAGGGCCAAGAGAUGAGUGGGACCAUAGAACCUGCUGCAACAUUUGUUUACCGUCAUAGUAAUAAGAUCCCGUGGCGGCUAAUUGCGAGGUUUAUCGGUUUGAGUUUUUUCUUUGUUAUUACAGCUUUUUUGAUCUUUGGAGUAAUUGAAUCGGGUCCUAAAAAGGGUCGGUUUUCCACAAGUGCGUUGUUUGAUCCUUAUGUCAGAUACUCGAAUGGGACUCUGGAUUUUUUUCCGUUGACCGUCAUGGUAUCGUUGGAUGGAUUCCAUCCAUCGCUGAUCUCAAAGAAGUACACCCCAUUUCUUUACCAGCUGUACACUUUGGCGUAUGAGGGUAAUGUCACCAGUACACCGUUCAUGAUACCGAGUUUUCCGUCACAAACAUUCCCUAACCAUUGGAGUCUUGUGACGGGCGAGUAUCCGAGAGAUCACUCGCUUGUGUCUAAUGUGUUUUGGGAUGCGGACUUGAAAGAGGAGUUUUACCCUGGGUUGAUGGACCCGCUUAUUUGGGCGAAUACGAGUCGGCCCAUAUGGCAAGUGCUGCAGGCUGCUUUCAAUCACAACUCCGCCAAGGAAUUCCCUUUUAAAGUGGCUACGCAUAUGUGGCCCGGAAGCGACGUGAAUUUUACAGGUCUACCGCAAGUCCCUGCGGAAAGAAUGCCUUACUAUAUCGAUGCGUUUGACGGCGAUGAGAAACUAGAGACAAAGUUGACCAAAGUUUUGGGAUACGUUGACAUUGAUUCGAUUGAAAAGAGACCCCAGCUGAUUCUCAGUUACGUGCCUCAGGUGGACGCUUUUGGACAUAAACAUGGGUAUCCCAUCAACGAUCCAGAGAAUAAGAUGUUUGAUAAGUUCACGCAAGUGCUCAGCAGUGUAGAUUCCUUUGUAGAGGGGCUUUUUGAGGGAUUGAGAGAAAGAAACGUGACGAAUUUUACCAACGUUGUCAUCGUGAGCGAUCAUGGUAUGAGCAAUAUCAAGUUCCCGGAGCACGUUCUGAUCUGGGAAGAAUUGCUGGACAAGGACCUGAUCAAGAACCAUGUCGAACAUGCGUACGGCGAAGGCCCCAUGAUGGCGGUCACAACCAAAGAUUCAAGCGACGUCAACGAGAUUUACCAAGAAUUGAAAAAAAGUUUGGCGAACCAGGGCGAGCUGGGCUCCAAGUUCAAGGUGUAUCUGAACGGGAACUUCCCGGAACAUUUCAAAUUCAACGACUUGGCGAACCGCAGGAUUGCGCCUAUUUGGAUCAUCCCUGAGCCUGGGUAUGCCGUCAUGAGCCAUAAAUUUGCGAAGAAGCAGAGAUCGAGCCUGAUCGGCAAUCAUGGCUACGAUAACCACGAAGCGGAGAUGAGAUCGCUAUUCAUAGGCGUAGGACCGUUUUUCGAGAACGGGUACGUGGAACCGUUCGAGAACAUCGAAAUAUUUGACAUGUUGUGUGACGUUUUCGGCGUUGCGAUGGACGACAGACUCGGGGACCAGCAGGACACCUUUUUUUACAGAAAGCCGCUGGAACAGCCGCUGGUGGAUGAUUUUGAGUCCCUGAGGGCGAAGUACGGCAAUGGCACGGCCUACAACAUAAUAUGGGGCGGCGAGCAAGAGGAAGAAGAGGUGGUCGCGGACACGAGCGGCACAAGCACCACGAGCAGUAGCAGCGGCACAAGCACCACGAGCAGUAGCAGCGGCACAAGCACCACGAGCAGCACAAGCACCACCAGAACCACCAGCACCACCAGCACCACCACCAGCACAACUGCAGCGGGCGGCUGGCUCGACGACCUGCUGCACGACGCAGAGGAGCUGAUCGAAGAGCUGGUCGACGAGAUACAAGAGAUAGCAGACACUCACCAUUAG